AUGCUCUCUGGGAAGUCACAUCUCGCUAUUGAGGAACUUCAUCGACAAUAUGGGCCCAUCGUUCGGAUUUCACCGAAUGAACUCUCACUUGGAUCGGCAGAAUCCCUCAAGGCAAUCUACGGACAUAAUCCCGGCAGACCUCAUCCAAAAAGAGGCUCUUUCUACAAUUUCCUGAAUGCGGGCUUCUCGAAGUUCAAUCUGGUCAGCGAACCAGAUCCCCACCGGCACAGCGAAAUGCGGAAGCUUCUACUAUCGGCUUUCUCCCAGCGGGCCCUUUUGCAGCAGGAGUUGGUCCUAGGCGGGGUGGUGGACCAAUGGCUGAAGAUCCUCGAAAAGAAAGCUGGCCCUGGGUCUGCCGGAGCGAAUAUUACCCGAUGGUAUGACUUUGGAUCGCUCGACGUGCUCGGUGAACUUGCGUUUGGAGAGUCAUUUCAUGCUGUGGAAACAGAGCAACUGGAUGCUCGCCUCAACUUGGCGAUCAACCCUUACUUGAUCACCAUAAUUGACAAUAUCAGGCACAUUAAGUUCCUCAGUAAAGUUUUUACAAACCUUGUGCCCCCUUCUGUGUUCCUCGAGAACCCAAACUCCCGCUUCAGUCGACAGCAAGUUGAUAAGUAUGACGGCCUCCUCCGAGACUUCCACAGUACAUCUCUUGAUGACUCUCGAAGAGACUUCGUCUUCCCCUUGGCGCAAAAGGUCCGAAGUGGAGAAAUGGACAAAGAAGAAAUGGCAUCCAACAUGUUUGUUUUCUCAAGCGUUGCUGGCCAAGAUACAACCUCUGUGGCUCUCGCAGCAACCACUUAUCUCCUCCUCAAGCACCCAGACAAACUGGAACAAGUGGUGACUGAGAUCCGCCAGGCAUUCGGCUCAUACGAGCGGAUCAGAGCACAAGAAGCACAGCAGCUUCGCUAUCUCCAGGCAGUCGUCCACGAGAGCAUGCGCAUUCUUCCUCCUGUCUCGGCAGGGCACGCGUUACCACGCUACUCUAAUGGCUUUGAGCUGCACGGAAAAUACAUUCCUCCUGGAGUAGAGGUUUUCAGCAGUCCGUGGACCAUCGCGCACGAUCCUGAGUAUUUCAAAGACCCUAUGGAGUUCAAGCCCGAGCGAUGGUUAGACCCAGAUUCAACGGACUUGAAAGAAGCCAGUCAGCCAUUUUCAAUCGGUCCGAACGCGUGUAUUGGGAAAAGGUAUUGUAUUCCGCGCAGCUUAUGCUGA